CCGAAACCCAAUGUAGUCCAGCUAUGAUUAAUCCACUUUUACCCUAAAAUAACCUUGAAUACAUUUUCAUGCUGUUCUUGCCUAAAUAACUUUGAGAUGUAUGAUAUUCCAUUAUGUAAGCAAAGUCAACGGGUGUUCAAGGUGUUUGCUUUCAUUUAUUUUAUAUGUAUCAUCUAUUUGUGUGCUAUGGUUAGACAUCUGUUAGACUUUCAUGAGCAGCCCAAAUUCUGCCUUAUUUUAGUCAAAAUUGCUUGCUGGGAUCUUACAUUAAUAAAGUGUACACUGGGUUCUUUGCUUCUUAACACUAGUACCAUUUUCCUCACUGUUAUUCCUAAAUCUAAUCCUAAUAAUUAUUAAUACUUGUCCAAAAUUCUGCUUCGCAGACUGUUUGUGGGCUGCUUUGUGGUAUUUUACUAUGAAAUGCAACAUUCAUCCUUAUAUUGUUUUUGUUUUAAUUCACUCCAUCCACCACCAGCUGAGCUUCCAGUUCACUGGAAAGAUCAUCUUCCACCUUUCCAGCAUGAGUGGAUACGGAACACACUAUUUAAGGCCAACCCGCAAACUGGCAAGUCAGAACUAGUGCCCCAACUGAAGCUUUGGUGGUAUCCUCCUCAGGUCCCUUUAAUUCACACUCAGCCGCCCGCCUCACCUGACCUCUUCUUCUGUCGGACCCUUUUCUUAUGGAUGCCGCUCAAGAUGUGGCGAUUUCCUCUUGUCUGUGUUCGACCAGACUGUGAUAAGCACAAACUAACAGCCGCAGGACUUUACCGUACCGUGCGCAAAGUUUUGGACAUCGACGGUUGGUAUGAUCUUGCCACUGAGUAUCUGGAGUGCAAACGCUGCAAAAAGAAAUAUCCCGCCUGGUCCGAGAACAUUUUGGGGCAACUGGAUAUGGGCCACCGCAGUCAGUUUCCAGCUUUGCUGACAUACAGAUACUCAUGUGACAACCGGGUGCUGAGGAUGAUGAGGGAGAGGACACAGGGCAACAGCGUGACUCAGCUGUACAAGAAGCUCAUGGAACAACACAGUGAGGCAUGGACACAGCGUGUCCUUCAGUACCUGACUGCCUGUGAACCAUUUACAAGGUCCUUCCUUGUGCAGCCACCUGUGUUUGCCAAGCCUCCCUCUUUACCUGCCCUACCUAAACCUAAGUGGUUGUUAGCCGUGUACGCCAGGGAUGUUCUGGGGCAACUGCACGAGGUCAAAGCCAAAAUUACAUCUGUCUUGGGCUGUGUUCUAAAGAUGGACUCCACAAAGAAGGAAACACAUCCCUGUAUCCAGAAAUUUGCCAUAUGGAAAAGUGUGUAUACAUAAUAAACACAGUUUUUAAUUAUUUUAUUUUUUGCAAUAGGUCACAAAGAAACUUGCCGGUGCUGCUGCAGGAACAGCUGCCUGGUGCACAAAUGUGGGAAAUGAACACGGCCAAGUCCUUGUCUCUGUGCUGACAGCCGCAGAGGGACAUGGACUGCACCCUAUGGCAGCUGGCCUAAUGAAACGCUACCGGGAGGCAGGAGAGGCAGCCCCGAAAGUGAUGUACGUGGACAGAGAUUGCUGCAGUCUUCAUGGUAAGUCUCAGGUGAAGGUCAUGUUUUCGGAGUGGGAUGAGCUUGAAGUGCGCCUUGACAUCUGGCAUUUCAUGCGGCGAUUUGCUGCAGGUGUCACGACAGAGGCUCAUCCGCUCUACGGGACCUUCAUGGCACAUCUGUCCAUGUGCAUCUUUCAGUGGGAUUCAGAUGAUGUGGCUGCUCUUCACCGUGCAAAGGAGGGUGAGCUGGCAGCAAAGAAGGCCGGCCACAUCUCAGGAAAGGCGCUGAGUUCCCGCAUUACCCGGAGAGAGUUGGCACUGCACUGCCGGAGGAGUACCAGGGGUGUGGAGGAGACCACCAGAUUAAUUGGAUCUCUAGUUGAUCUGUUUGACAGUGUGAGUGGUAAAGACACUCUGGGAGUUCCUCUGCUGGACCAUGAACGGAUCCAGCAGAUAUGGAAAGAACAGCGGAAGCACGUACAGUGUAUCCAAGACCCAGAGAACUUUCCCCUCUACAUGAAGACAGGGACACUGAAGAAAGGCAGUGUGGAGCUGUGCUGCUACAGGUGUGCCCGUGGCUCUACCUCUUUGGAGUCAUUCCACCUCCACCUAAACCGUUUUAUUCCAGGUAUUACAUACAUAUGGAUUACAUUUUUUUUAAAGUAA